AUGUGUCACAUUGUCGGGGUCCCUGUGUCCAAGGUUCAGCGCCACCAUUCAAGCGCUGGCGGCACCCAUUCCUCAUAUGCGCCUCCAUCGGUGCAUUACAUCAAGCCCCUGCAUGCCUCCCCUUCUCUCUCAUCCGACUCCCUUCCCUCACAUUCGUCUACCUUCCCUCCCAUUCGCCACCUUUCCCUCACAUUCGCCUCGUUUCCCUACGCUCAUUGCGCAUUCCUUUCCCCCGUGCACGCCUUCCUUCCCCCCUUGUGCCCGCCUUCCUUCCCCCCCGUGCGCGCCUUCCAUUCCCCCCGUGUGCGCCUUCCGUCCCCUCCGUGCGCGCCUUCCUUUCCCCCCAUGCGUACCUUCCUUUCCCCCCCGCUCGUGCUCUCCUUCCCCCCUAAUGCGUGCCUUCCUUUUCCCCCGCCCAUGCCUUCCUAUCCCCCUUAUGCGUGCCGUCCUUUCCCCCCCGCUCAUGCCUUCCUUCCCCCCUUAUGUAUGCCUUCCCUUUCCCCCGCCCCUGACUUCCUAUCCCCCUUAUGCGUGCCUUCCCUUUCCCCCACCCCUGCCUUCCUAUCCCCCUUAUGCGGGCCUUCCUUUUCCCCCACUCCUUCCUUCCUACCCCCCUUAUGCGUGCCUUCCCUUUCCCCCCGCUCAUGCCUUCCUUCCCCCCCCCGCUCAUGCCUUCCUUCUCCCCCCCGCUCAUGCCUUCCUUCCCCCCCUCUCUGCGGGCCUUCCAUCCCUCCCCUCCCCUUCCCUCAUAUUUGCCUCCCUUCCCUAGUUACUACAUCCCUUCCCUCCAUUUAG